AUGUAUAUCUCUCUUUUCCCGGCCUCGCUCCUCCUCUCAGUUGCAGCAGCAGCAACAACCAUCUCCGGCUCGUCCGCCAGCAGCACAGCAUGCGCUGCUCAGCCAGUGAUGGACUCCUGCUAUGCGUCUACAUCAGCAAUUGCCCAAGCCUGCACAACAACAGACUACGGCUGCCUCUGCUCGAAGUGGAACGAUGUCCUGACCUGCUUCCUCCAAUGCCCCAACGAUCCCCGUUACGCUUCAGCCAAGUCCUCUCAUGAGACAUAUUGCAACGACUUCGUAGCCUACGGCGGCACCACGACCUCCGCCAUUUCACGCGCUGUGUCCGCCGUCUCCACGAUAACAUCUGGGUCAUCUGGUGCUCAGGCUACGGAGUCAAGUGGUGCUGUCAGAGUCGCUAGCAGCACUACCGCUAGCGGGGCUGGAGCGUCUUCUACAACGACGGUGAAGAAUGGUGCAGAAGGUGUAGCGGUUGGUGCGGGAAGUGUGUUGAUGGGCGUCGCUGGAUUUGUUGGAGCUUUCUUGUAG